AUGGCUAAGCGAGGUGUGCGCGAUUUGCGUACACCUGAAAAGCGCAAUGAAAAGCAGCAGCGUACAAGUGCAUGGUCGGAGUCCACGCUGGUGUUCCAGAAGGAGCGGCAGGCGUACCAGCUGGUGACUUUCAGCCUCCAAACUCCUCGUCUUAAAGUCCUCCAGACCGAGUGCAGCAGGAAGCGGGAAGCGGUUCGAGACGAAGUCAACAUAACUAACAAGUUUUGCGUAGUAUCGCUCAUAAAACCGUUGCACAGAGUCAAGCUGUCCCACCGGUGA